GAUCAACUCUGCAGGAGAGAAUGUGACAUGGAAAACUCAGCAGGAAUGAAAAUCUUGUUGUAAAAAACCUCAUAAAAAUGUGCUUCCAAUAGCGAUCGCAAAUCAUCAUGACGGAGAAGGAUCUUCUUCCCCUUACUCCAAAUGUCGUACGUGGCUUGAACGACAAGCUCUACGAGAAGAGGAAAACGGCAGCUCUCGAAGUUGAACGCAUGGUGAAAGAGUUUGURGCAAGCAACGAUGUGAAGCAGAUAAAACGACUCACUCAGGUUCUAGCUGAGGACUUUGCAAUUUCUCAUAAUUGCCAUUCAAGGAAAGGAGGGUUAAUAGGCCUCGCUGCUACAGCAAUUGCCCUAGGCAAAGAUGCAGGUCUUUAUUUGAAGGAGCUUAUCCCACCYGUACUGUCAUGUUUCUAUGAUCAAGACAGCCGUGUUCGGUAUUAUGCAUGCGAGGCAUUGUAUAAUAUUGCAAAAGUUGCGAGAGGUUCAGUGUUGCCAUUCUUUAAUGAUGUCUUUGACGGACUCAGCAAGCUUGCUGCUGAUCCAGAUCCAAAUGUGAAAAAUGGAGCUGAAUUAUUGGAUCGUCUUGUCAAGGAUAUUGUAACAGAGAGCUCGUCAUUUGAUUUGGUGUCAUUCAUGCCRAUACUUAGAGAAAAAAUCUACACUGCAAACCCAUACGCGAAACAGUUCUUAAUAUCUUGGUUAAUGGUGCUGGUUUCUGUGCCUGACUUGGACCUACUAAGUCACCUGCCAGAAUUUCUAGAUGGUAUAUUUGUCAUUUUUAAGGACCGCAGUGCUGAAAUAAGAAAAAUGUGCGAGGCACUUCUUGGAGAAGUUCUACGCGAAAUUAAAAAAUCACCAGAAGCUGUUAAUUAUGCCGARCUGGUGAAUAUUCUUGUACUGCAUUCACAGUCUGAAGAUGAAGUAAUCCAGUUUACCGCUCUAAUAUGGAUGAARGAAUUCCUGGCCCUUGCUGGUCGCAGCAUGCUACCCUUUUGUGCUGCCGUCAUUCAGUCGGUCCUUCCGUGCGUCUCAUACGACCAAGAAAAACUCAACAUCAAAGAGGUUGCCAAGACUGUCAAUCAGUGCUUAAUGAGGCUGAUAACAGAGGAUGAUGACAAGGURUAUGAAGCCGAGGACAUGGAGUGCGAUAAUGAAAUCACUGUGGUACAGAUUCAGCUKGAUAUYGGGCCUGUAGUWGAGGUCUUGACCAAGCAGCUGACACACAAAUCAAUUCAGACUAGAAUUGCWAUGCUUAGAUGGAUACUUCAGCUUCAUCUAAAGACUCCAAAUAAGCUUUUUCAGCACAUAGAAGUAUUAUUUCCAGAAUUAUUGAAGACUUUGUCAGAUCCAUCAGAUGAGGUUGUAUUACUAGACCUUGAGGUAUUAGCAGAAAUAUCUGCAUCACAAGCAGGGCCUCCAAGGAACACCCAGUCCACCGAGACCCCACCAACAACACCAAGCUCUUCUGCAGACGAGGCAAACAGUCAGCCGAGACAGCUAAACAAAUAUUUUCAUAAAUUCAUGCAUAGUCUGAUGUUGCUGUUCAGAACAGACAGAAAACUGUUGGAAGAAAGAGGCUCAUUUAUUCUAAGGCAGCUAUGCUUACUGCUGUAUGUGGAAGACAUCUAUCGGUCAUUAUCAGAGAUCCUUCUCCAAGAAGAAGACUUUCAGUUUGCUGCCCUCAUGGUUCGAUAUUUGAAUAUGAUUUUGUUGACRUCWGGAGAGCUGUUUGACUUGCGACACCAGCUGAAGGAACUCAAGACUGCAGAAAGCUGUUCAUUAUUUUGCUGCUUAUACAAGUCUUGGUCACACAACCCGGUUGCCACUGUAUCGCUGUGUCUGUUGACACAAAAUUACCAGCAUGCWUGUGACCUGUUAAUGAUAUUUGGUGACUUGGAAGUCAAUGUAGAUUUUUUAGUACAAAUUGACAAACUGGUCCAGCUCAUAGAGUCUCCAAUAUUUACAUAUCUUAGACUACAGCUUCUAGACACUCAAAACAACCAUUAUCUACUUAAGUCACUUUAYGGACUUCUUAUGCUGUUACCUCAAAGCGAUGCAUUCAAUACCUUACGCCACAGACUGGAUUGUGUACCUAAUGGACGUGUGUUAAAUGAGCAACAUCGUAGAAAUAAGGAAAGCCAAGAAGACUACGAAACAAGAGAACAUGUUCAAAAAAUAAAUUUUGAAGAGUUAAAACAACAUUUCAUGAAGGUGCARAAAAAACAUCUUGUUACAAAACAUCACCGUCCAUCGUUGAACAGACAGAAUUUGCUCAAUGACUAGAAUAGUUUAUAAUAUAAUAAAAUAAUAACAUCCUUAUAAAUAGCGUACCUUGAUGGCAGGAUAGAACUUUCCAAUCUUUAUAGAUAUUUUGGGUACUUUUUUUAACAAAAGUUGUAUAAAAAUAAUGGUUUUAGUAGUCUUAAAGCUUUCGUGUUAUAUCAAGCGUUGAUAAAUGAAAUUAAUCCCUUGCAUACAGAAAUCCAGCACAUUAAUUUUCUAUGGGAAACAUAAACCAAUGCUUUAAGAACAUUUUUCUGUGAUUAUGAAUCAAAUUUGUAGAAGAUAAUAGACUUAAAUAAUGACAACAUAUUUAGAAAAAUAAUUAAUUUAUUGACAUUUUGUUUUUUAGAUUGAAUAAAUAUAUCAUUGAUCAACAGAAGGAUUUUUUUUUCAUAAAUAUGUUGUCCAGUUGAAAACCAUUCUUGAACMCAGAUCCUUUUYAACAGGRAAUUGAAGGCUCCUUCGAUUUUCCGUUGGAAAACUGARCAGGAUCUGAGUACGAGAAUGAGUUGAAACAUACAUUAUAAUUAUAUUAUACAUCAUAUAAUAUCAAAAAAAUAAAUUCUUUUGUAAAUUA